UUUGUCAGGAGCAGCGACAGCAGGCUCAGUGGCUCACUGACGAUCCCCCCUCUUGUGAUUGUGGUCCUUUUAUUUUGAAUGGCUGAGCGCAGGAGCAGGCGAUGAAUAACACGAGCAGCGUGGCACUGGUGGGAGAUGGAGGUGGGAGUCGGGAGGAGUUUACAGCCCACCGAGCUUUAACGGGCUGUGUCCUGGCGCUGCUUAUCAUUUGGACGCUUUUAGGCAACUUCACGGUGUGCGCCGCCGUGUAUCGCUACCGGCACCUGCGCGCAAAAGUGACCAACAUCUUCAUCGUGUCCCUGGCUCUUUCGGACCUGCUGGUGGCCGUGCUGGUGAUGCCGUGGAAGGCUGUGUCUGAGGUGGCCGGUUUCUGGCCGUUUGGAGGAUUCUGUAAGACCUGGCUGUCGUGCGACAUCAUGUGCUCCACAGCCUCCAUCCUCAACCUGUGCGUGAUCAGCGUGGACAGGUACUGGGCCAUCUCCAGCCCCUUCCGCUACGAGAGGAGUAUGAACAAGAGAGUGGCCUGUGUUAUGAUCGGCGUGACGUGGACCGUGUCCGUGGUCAUCUCAUUCGUGCCCGUGCAGCUAAACUGGCACAGAGCGGAGAUCGGUGACCGGAUUGAGGAGGAGGACUUUGAACUUCACGGUAAGAGCGUUGACGGAAGUUGUGACUCCAGUCUGAGCCGCACUUACGCAAUCUCGUCCUCCCUCAUCAGCUUCUACAUCCCCGUCGCUAUCAUGAUCGUCACAUACAGCCGCAUCUACCAGAUAGCCCAGAUGCAGAUCCGGAUGAUCUCCUCCUUGGAGCGCGCGGUGGAGCACGCUCAGAAUUGCCGCUCGAAUGCGCGCGACCUUUGUCCUCAUGUGUGCACGGAAAUCAAUACCAACUCAUUCCAGUCUCAUAUCAGCCUGCAAGAGCGGACGAGUGAGUCACACCGGGAGCUCAGAGUCUCCAUCAGAAAAGAGACAAAAGUCCUGAAAACUCUGAGCGUCAUCAUGGGUGUUUUUGUCUGCUGCUGGCUGCCAUUCUUCAUCCUGAAUUGUACAAUGCCGUUCUGUCCCGGACCAGGGGCCCCGGGGUCACAGCGGGGCCCCUACUGUGUCAAUGAAAAAACAUUUGAUGUUUUUGUGUGGAUCGGCUGGAGCAAUUCAUCCCUCAACCCAGUCAUUUAUGCAUUUAACGCAGAUUUUAGAGACGCCUUCCUGCGCCUUUUGCGCUGCCCCGAACGAGGCUGCUGGGCCUCGGAGGUGGAGACUGUGAUAGUGAACAACAAGGCGGUGACCCUCAGGCACGAUCACCCGCCAAACUUAAAGCUGGGCGUCUCCUGCUCCUCCAAGACCAGGGGGAGCGAGGACAGCGGGAACACCACAGUGACUGUGUGUUAUCACAGAAUGACAGCCUCGGAGCAGGUGAAGGACACUGAGGAGAGUAAUGACACAGACAGACUAACACAGAUCCCCAUACAAGGGACACAAUAAGACACAAAGAGGAUCAUGAGGUUUCAGGCCAGGAACAGGUCAGAUAAGCAAAGAAGGUAGGGACGAUACAGACUUAUGAGGGAUGACACAGGUCUACACCCCGGGCAAUCCACCUGCACCAGGAACCAGACUGAUAAAUGGAGGCUUACUCUGAAAACAUGACUGCCAGGGGGGACACAAGGAAAAUUGAGUUUAGCCAUUUAACAAAAGGCCCCCGAAAUAAAAAAAAAAUCUAUCUCAGUUUCAGUCUGCUCAUAUCUUAAGACUGUGUCUGCCACUCUUUCCUGUUAGAUAGGGAAGUGAAGUUUGUGUCACUAUGUAAACCACUCACUCCCUGCGCCUAAGUUCCACUACAAGAUAUCUGUGUUAGAAAUCCUCUGUUCAGAUUUGUAGCCAAAUUCUGGAUUUCCUUGUGUCGCUGCAGGCAGCCAUGUUGUGAGUGAGAGCGAGUGUCUGGCGUUUUCGGCUGGUUCUCUGUGACGACGGUGCACUCAGCAGCAGCCUUGGCAAAGUCGGCGGUCAGCACUGACAUUAGCUACGUGUACAUGUGCACAAUUUCUUCAUUCUAACUGGAAUCUACUACUUCAUGGUUCACAUGGACGCACAAUUUAAACCAUCCGAUUGUGGUGUGCGUAUACAUGCAAUCAAAUCAUUCCGAUUACUUGUGUCCAUGUAAACAUAGCUGAUGUGUCAGCAACCACUAAAAAACAAAUCUCAAAUAUCCCUUUAAGUAUCAAGGAACAGAAAUACACAGGCUGCUAUUAUCCCUAUUGUUAUGCAAAUGUGAUUUUCUUUACCAAAUCUGUAGGAGGCAAAGUGCUUUGUCAAACUUAGUCUUACUUUAGGAUGUUUUAGGUUGAGUUCACAAGCUUCAAAAGUGACAUUAACAAAUAUCUUCA